AUGACUUCCCUGAUCGAACGCGAACAAGCAAGUAUAAAGAGCCCCAGAAGUCCUGGUCGACCGAGUAGUGGCCAGUUUAGCUUCAAGGGAUCUCUAUACGUGGCUCACAAUGAGAAAGAUUGGAUCGAAAUUCAGAAGAACACGUUCACAAAUUGGUGCAACGUUCAAAUUCAUCCGUACGGUGUACAAAUUACGAGUGAUCUAGCUGAGGCUUUCCAAGAUGGACUUUCACUUGUGUACCUGGUUGAAUCGAUUUCCACGAAGAAAGUUGGUCGAUACAACAAGAACCCGAGGCUGUACGCACAGAAACUUGAAAAUAUCACCAGCGCUUUGAAGUUACUACAGAGCGACGGGAUAAAGUUAGUCAACAUUGGUGAGCUAUUUAAAUUGUUUCGUGACAGUAAUGUACACACAGACAUGCUAGACGACAACUGUUCUGCGCUUUUAUUUACCUUUCUUGUUCUAAAUGUGUCCAUUGAUACACAGACAAGUGUUAAAUAAAUAUAACGGUGUGUCGAGAUUCCUCAAGAACAGCACAGCUUAAACAUAAAUAAGAAAGAUAUCUUCAAAGAUACGAUUCAAAAUUUCCGCACAAGUUUCCAGUUACAAGGCAAGAGGUCUUGGGAAUCACGCAAAAAUAGCACGAUUCCUCGCACAGCUGAAUUUGUUUUCCUCGUGGAAUACUGAUAGCUCGUUGUCUAAGGAUACCCUGUUCGUGAAUAUGUCGAAUGCAUUGCAGACAAGUUUCGAAGCCUUUCAUCAGAUGCUUGCCAAAUAUUGCACGUGAAUCGAAUGCACGCAAAUUGGAAUCGAAAAUAGGUUCUGUUAACGGUGAGGGAGUUUCGAAUCUCUUGAGAAUCUACUUUGGAAGUUUUAAUCUGCAAUGAACGCUACUUCUGUUGUGGCUGAAAUACGCGAAAAACUUUCGUUUGCUAAGAGACUCUGUAAAAUAUUUAUAAUAUCGGUCUACCAGUUUCAAAGAUUAUAAUGUUUACGUAUAAUUCCAAAACUAUAGUUUUUAAUUUUUCCCUGCAAUUAAUUCACAAAAGACCACGACCUUGAGUUCGGAAUAUUUAAAAUUUUUAACUCGGAGGGCGGUGAGAAUAACAAAAGAUAAUUUUUUUUCCCGUUGUCUUCCUGUUUCGAAGCAUCGAUGUCAUUUUUUACUUUCCGUUGCAUUCAUAGUUUUUUUCCAGUGCGUUUUCCUUUUGAUAUUUACUAAUCGACUCUGCCUAUAAACAUUCAAGGAACGACGAUUCUCUUUAACUGAAUACUAACGCUUCCAGCUUUCUUAAAGACUCUACGAUAUGGCCGAUCGUUGAUUGUGGUUACUGCAAGAAUCGAUUUUCACAGCUUAUAUUUUUGUGGAAUAUCGUGGCGACGUGACACUGGCCGGUUGUAGACGAACUCCAAUCUAUCCAAUGAGAAACAAUCUUACUCCACUUGAUGCCUUUUGUCUCGACGCACGUACAGACAAUAAACUCUUCCAAAAUUGUUUUUUCUUUUUUUGCUAUUUUAUACCGCUAAAUCAACGUGGGGGAAAGCGGCAGUUCGUUAACCAAACCACAACUUUCGUUUAAUCUUUGUCAGUUACUGAAAUUAGUAAUUUUUUUACCUAAUGCGCCAUACCGUAAAUAUAUAUUGCACCGCAUAGGGUUUAAUAAAUAUUGGCUUUACAUCAAGGCACUUGUUCGCCCUUUUUGCUUUGCAAAUUAGUCAAAUCAGACCUCCUGCAAUUUUUUGAAAGCAGAACAUCAACACAGCAAAUUAAACGUUAAGCUAUCCAGUCCAAAAUAUUUCGUAAGGCCACAUAUUGACGAUUCUAGGAGAAGUAAACUCUCGUUCAAGACAAAAAAGAUCCUUUUCCGCUAGCCUGCGUAAGAGUCGUUCCCGUUUCCUGUUAGCCAAGCUGAAUAAGCGUUAGAUAAACAAGAGGUGGACGCAGUUAAAGACCUCUUUUUUUUUUUUGCGCGCAUGCACGAGAGUUCGUUUGUUUUUUCUUCCUCUGCCACGCGUGAUUCCCGCUUACUGCACGAUUCUCUUGUUAGGCCGAGGAAAGGAAAAGAAUGAUGCGUAGGGAAACUCUCUCCCUUUGGAAGAAUAAUCUACUCGAUUUGGCAGUAAACUCUCACCGGUCUCUCAAGGCGGUGAAGGAGAAAAGAGAUAUCGAUUUGAAUGCGACCCCUUGUUUCAUAAUUUGUCAGUUAGUCUUAGGAGCUAAGAAUAAGUCAUUUUCGAUCCACUUCUGAAUAGUAAAGGGGGUGAGUUUCUAAGGUAACUGUGGUGCUGCGACGGUGGGAAAGUACAACAUGGUAAUUUAGUAUCAUCAACGUAAUUCAUCAAUUGACCACCGUAAAGAGUUCAAAAGCGGACGUAUCGAGCGUCAGCCCUUCGUCAUUCGCUCUGACGCUCGAAACGUCAGCUUUAAAACUCUUUAGAGUGACCAAUUUACGUUAUCAACUCAGUUGAUAAUACUUAAGUACCCUGCUGAAUAGUAAAAUUUCCUUCGUUGAUUUUAUAUUUUCCAGGGAACGAGGACAUUGCCAAUGGGAACGUGAAGCUAAUUCUAGGUCUAAUAUGGAGGUUAAUCCUUCACUAUCAGAUCAGUUCAAGUGGCAGCGCCUCAGGCAAGCAGCUGCUGUUGUUAUGGUUGAAAAAUGCAAUCCCUGACAUGGUAAUCCGGAAUGUGACAACGGACUGGAACGAUGGUAGAGCUCUGAGCGCCCUCAACGAGUUCUGCCAACCAGGUCUGUGUCCAAACUAUAAGAGUCUAAACCCAGAGGCAAAACUGUCGAAUACGAGCGAUGCCAUGAAUGCUGCUGAGAAAAACUUCAGCAUCCCGAAAGUUCUUUCUCCGGAAUUCUUCGUCAGUCCGUAUGUCGACGAAUUGAGUAUGAUGACGUAUUUGUCGUAUUAUACACAACCGGGCUCCAUCGGAGAAAAACGAACACUGCAAUUUAUCAAUGAUUCGGCACCAGGCUUGAACGUGCGUAAUUUCAACACCGAUUGGAAUGAUGGAAAGAAAUUAUUGCAGUUUCUUGAAGCUCAGUGCCCUGGGAUUGUUCCAGGGUACGAAAAUAUUGACCGGAAUAGUCCGUUAGAAAACGCUAAGCUAGGGCUGGAUAUCGCGGAGGAGAAAUUCGGAGUAAGGAAAGUUUUAACCCCGGAGGAACUUGUCAGUCCCGAUGUGGACGAGCUCAGCGUCAUGGCGUAUAUGUUGCAAUUUCGUACAGCUGAUAAACUGCAAAGUCAUGCGCACAUCUUCAAGGCGGACGGCAACGGAAUUAAGCGGGGAGUUCGCGGGAAAACUUCCGAGUUUUUUAUAUACGGUCGCAAAGAUGUCGGUUUUGAUGGGGUACGUGUCAAUAUCCGAGGUCCGGACGGGGAGGAUUCCGUGCCAGUAGAAACACAAGUUGAAGCAGACGGCUCUCUUAGGUGCAAAUUUGUUCCCUUUGAGAGCGGCAUUCACACGAUCUCUGUAAAGCACUACGGUAAAGAAGUCCCUAAGGGCCCCUUUCAAGUGAUGGUGCAUGAGAACGUGGCAGAUGUUACGGUUUCUGGCGUAGGGAUCAAGAAUGCUGUCGUCUUCAAACCGGCAGAGUUCAUUGUUCAAACCAACGACGAGAACUCCCCCCCGGUCUCGGCGGUAGUAGAAGGACCAACCAAAACAGCGAACUGCAAUAUGGAACCUCUUGGAAAUGGAAAGUGGCGGGGAUAUUUUGUACCGCGGGAAGUGGGAGAGCACAAGAUUCGCAUUGAGGUCGGAGACACACCCCUGCUCGGAAGUCCCUUUACAACGAAAGUAGGAGAUCCAACCAAGUGCAAUGUAGCUGGGAGCGGUGAGUGAUGCUACCUAUCAAUUAAGUCACGCAAUACUUUAUCACUUAACAAAUUAUCAUGUCACGCGAAGAACACAGUUGCAUAACAUGAAGGCGAUUUUCGUUGUUUAGCAAGUCAUUUAGUUGCUCAAUUAUUUUUCAUUUUUUUCCCCGCAGAAACUGCUCGCAACCCGACCAUAGGACGUCCCUCCUCCUUCGAUGUUGAUACUUCCGGGGCGGGACUGGGGGAACUAGCUAUCCAAUGCCGGGGCCCCGUAGGGAAUGUCCCUGUCGACGUGAAACCCACUGCACCCGGACGAUACAACGUAUCGUUUACUCCUAACAAGCCCGGGGAAUAUAAUAUUCACUUCGUAUUCAACGGGGAUGAUAUACCGGGAAGUCCAGUCAAGACGAUAGUGAGUGAUCCCAGCCGGAUUGUAGCUCACGGAGAUGGUUUGCAUCAGGUACGACGUCAGGUUCUGUUUAUCAUCAUUCCUCCUGCCUCAUUCGGGAGUCUUGGUCAAACCAGAUUCUUUGCAGUCAUCUCUGUCACGCACAACAAUAGCUACGUAUGUCCAAGGUCUAAGAAACUCUCAGCAUUUGGACCACAGAAAUUUACGAUUUUUCUCGAAAACCAACGUCAAUCUCUCAAUCAGUCAGAUGCAAAACUUAAACGACUCGUUACUCGACCAAUCGCUUUCUCCCGUGCUUCAAGCAGUUUGUUUGUUUUAACUUUGAUUUCUGGUUGGCUCCUUACUCCUUAUCGUAUUCACUCUUGUUCUGGUUCUGGGCUUACAGCACUUAAUCUAAAGCCCUAACCACUGCACAGAAAAUUUGAAAAUCAUUGAUUUACUUCGAUAAUGUAUCUCUCCACAAUUUCAGGUUACUACAGAUUCUGAAGCAGAAUUCUUUAUUACACUUCAUGGCGCUGGUGAUGGAGAACUGAAAGUGUAUGGCGAGGCUCCAUAUGGGCACUUUUCUGUAGAUCUGCUACAGUCCCCUAAUGAAAAGGACACCUACAUUGUGCGGUACACUCCUCAGGGGGUGGGUCUGCACAAGAUUCAUAUCAACUUUGCUGGGGAACCAGUUCAGGGCAGCCCGUACAUAGUGAAGGUGAGAAACAUGACACGACAUCUCCCCCUCCUUCCCAACCUUCUCCCCAACUGCGAAGGACCCCCCCUUACUCCCAACUGCCAAGGACAUUUCAAAAACAACGCAAGUUACAAAAAAAAAGAUAUAGAAAAAUAGAGAAGCUUAACAGCUCAAGAUGAACAUUUUGAUAUGCUGUGACGUUAUCUAACUCACGAAAAGGUUCUUCUUCAAACUGAGCUGAAUCAAAAUAUGUUAAAAAAUUUCUACCUUACUCAUGCGCAGGUUACUGUUCUAGAUUAAUUGACCUUUUUUUUUUUAAUCAGGUGGCGGACCCCAGACAAGUGACUUUGAAUACACGUGAGUUGGAGCGCGAACCAAAGCGCUUUACUGUCCGUCACGAGGUGGACAUACCUGUACAGGUGCCUAGCUCUGCUGGAGAGGGCCAACUGGAGGCUGCUGUUGUGGGCCCCGACCAGGAAAGUGUUCCCUCUAGUGUGACAAAGGAUGACGAUGGAUAUUAUCAUAUCCGGUUUGUACCUCGUCAAACUGGAGAACACAGAGUGAUGGUCAUGUAUGGUGGCAAGGAAGUGUCAAGUAGCCCUUAUGUCAUCCGUAUACGAGACGCCACUAGUAUGAAGGUCAAGGUCACCGAGAUGGAGCAGAUGAGAACUGGUUACUCAGCGCAAAAAGAGGUCCGUGUUAUAAUUAUUUUCGUUUGUCUGACCUUCACCAGUGAUGAAAUUUUUCCUUACCGUUUUCGUUUUAUCCUCAUAUUUAGGUUGAUGUUCCUAUCGAAGUUCCAGAAGAAGUUGAUGAGAUUUCCGCCACCGUCCAAGACGAGGAUGGCAAACCUAUAAAGUCAACGUUGACCUUUGAACCAGACGGCUUAUACCACGUGAGGUAAGAACAGAGCAUUUACGUGACGUUGAUCAUGAUCAACUUCUAAGGGCUUGUCAUGCCAUCCUAAAAAAGUUUUUUGUGACACAGAAAAAAGAGCAACCAACUUAUAUUAUAUAUUCCAGAUUUGUUCCGCACAAACCCGGUCGUUACACUGUAGAUGUGCGCUGUGGAGGACAGUCCAUAGAGAACAGCCCCUUCGUAAUGAAAAUCUCAGAAGCGGAAACAGUGUCGGUAAAACUGAAAGAGUUUGAAAAACAGGUAACUCGCUGGUUUGUAAUCUCCCAUCCAGUUCUUUUGCACCUUGUUAUCUAAAUAACCGUAAGUGUGAGACGAUUAGAGUCGAGGUAAGGUGUAACCAGACUCGAACUGAGAAAAAUUGUUUGGCAUUAAUUAGUGACGUUCUUUUGAUCCUUCCCCUGACAGGAGGGAGUUAGCUAUCACGUGGGGUACGAGGUAGACGUGCCCAUGGAGAUACCAUCCGAAGUAGAUGAAGUGUCAGCUGUGAUUUAUGACCCGGAUGGAAAUAUUGACAAGUCAACUUUCAAGAAGGAAUCUGAUGGUCUUCACCAUUUGAGGUUUACUCCCAAAAAGAUUGGACAGUACAAGGUAAAUAAGACCUACUUAUAGUCCCUGAAAGACGCACGAAGCCCAGCGAUAAGAGCGUCGGCCUUCGAAUCGGGCGGUCCUGGUGUGAGUCUUAGCCGGGGUUACCAAGUUGUGAAUUUGGGAAAGCAAGAGAUUCAGGGCUUUUUUUUCUAUCUCAGAUGAAUACAUGUUACUUUUGGAAAGUUGCUUAGAAUAGUCUGCCUUCCCACUCCCAAAAGAAAUGAUCUCUUACUUGCGUCAAACUUAUUUCUUUUUUCCUAAGGUGGAUAUUCGCUGUGGCGGACGCUCAGUAGAGAACAGCCCAUUCCCCUUGAACGUGGCCCAGCCAAAAACGGCCGUUGUUCGUUUACGCCAACCAGAGGAGUCUGAAAACAAGUAUUUAGUUCGCCGUGAACUUGACAUAGCACUUGAUGCGGCAGAAGGUACCAAGAACCUGUCUUCAUAUGUAGACGGACCCGAUGAGGAGAAUGUUCCAGCAUCUUUUGAUAAAGGAGACGAUGGCUUGUACCAUGUUAAGUUUGUACCUUACAAGCCUGGAACCUACAAGGUAAGAGAUCGGCGUAAAUUUUAUCCUGGAGAAUUCGGUUUGAAAAAUGUUUCUCGGUAACGCUAAUACAAAAGACCAAACAAGUCAUUGCGGUUUGUUAGAGCUGCGUGUCCGUUUGUCUCUCACAUUCCUCUUUUAAAAGCCACGUAAUUUUGAUAGCAAGUGGCGGCUCCUUUCCAUCCUGUUUACAGCUGGAGGAAUAACCACAAGGUGACGCUCAUUAUUCGUCCAUCGUCGAGAAAGUGCGGAGUAUCGGCUGGAACAUACACUAGUUGAAAUAUUUUGGAUUACUCUCGUGUUUUAAUGUUCCUCUUUUGUCUAAAAGUUGAAAGUUUAAUAACUAUUCAUCGACGAUUUGCCAAAAAUUGUAACUUGUCCACUAAUUAGGUGUGCUUACUCCCCUAGUUCACUCAUUUCGUAGUGAUGAUCAUGUCGGCCUGGUACGCACUGAUAAGUCGCAAAACCGCAAUUUCUGAUAAUAUCAUAACUUCUCGUCCCUCUGUCCGUACAUUUUGAAGUAUGUUCAGAUUUUCAAAGUAUUUUUGCAUUUACCCAGGUUCAUGUUAAGAGUAACGGCACUCCAGUAGCCAGUAGUCCAUUCCUAAUCAAGGUCGGCGACCCAGGCAAGGUCCAAGUUGCGCAUGUCCGUAGUGAGGAAUUGUAUGCAGAGCGAGUCAUUAAGAACGAAGUGGAUUUAGCCGUGGAAAGUUCAUAUGACAUGACUGAUGAAGAUUUCUCCGCCAGAGUCACAGGCCCCGAUGGAGAAAAUGUCCCCUGUCACGUGAACAAGGGGCCUGACAAUCGGCAUCACGUUAGGUUUACUCCUCAUAAGGCUGGUCCAUAUAAGGUAAGGAGCCUCCCUGCUGGACGUUGGAGACUGGGGUGACAUUGUUAGAGGGUGUGGUGAUUGUAAUGUUAAUUUACGGUCGGUUUAUAUCACCAUUUUUGCGAGUGAGGGAACGCAAAUGUUAAGUUUCUGGACGUAGGUUUCUAAACGGGUUUUAUCGCAUAUUUGGCGGAAUGGUAUCGUCAAAACAAUUUAAAGUUUUCAUCGGAGAAUUUUCUGGUAUCAUGCCUUCCUAAAACUCAGUAGUCGCUAGUAAAACCAUCAAAAACUAAUGCGGUGAUCGCUCAGGAUUGAGUAGAAUGGAUAAAAAUUAUUAUCAUAAAGCGAGUCUCUUGAGAAGUUAUUUUUAAACAAAGGACGCUUAAGUUAAAUCAUCCAAGCUGGGCUAACCAAAGUUUAACGGCAAAUAAACAAAAUUUGCAAACAAAUCGCUGGCAUAAUUAACUCACAGUUGGCUUUUUACUUUGGUUAGGUGGACGUUCGUUACCGGGGCGAGCCCGUACAAGGCUCUCCUUUCACUGUCAACGUCACGGAUCAGGGACAGGGGGGCCCAGUAGUGAAUUUCAACGAAUCCGAUCGAUUUUACGAGAACCGCGAGGCAGACAUCCCCAUUAUGAUCCCAGAGGGUUCAUCAGCAGAUUAUCUCAAGUGCCGCGUUACUGAUCCAGAGAUGGAGUUACUUGAUUACGAGCUGACCUAUGACCGAGGCUCCAACUUAUAUCACGUGCGAUUUGUACCGAAGAGACCUGGGCGCCAUAGAGUAGACGUGGAAUACGAUGGUGUUCCUGUGGAUGGUUCGCCGUUUAUGAUGAAUAUUGAAGGAACCGAAGGACAUAAGAAGGUUUUUGCCUCGGGAGACGGAAUUAAAGGAGGUGUGUAUAUUCAGUAUUUUUUUUUCCAAUUAGAGACUGAAAAAUUUUAUCGUUACGAAUACAGAAUGGUUAUCUUCUGUCCCAUAUCCUUUGUAAUUCAGGCACUCGUAAAGAAGUUUCUUAUAGGAAAUGCCUUACGCCCUUUGUUUAUGCACAGGAAUGGUGAACGAGAAGAUAGAUUUCAUGGUGGACGCCCGCACUGCCGGCCGGGGCAAGCUGACUGGGAAGCUCACCGGAGUCAAAUAUCACACUGAUGUAGAAGUCAUUGACUUGAAGGACGGGAGGUACGCAUGUCACUACUUGGUACCACAGGCUGGGGCUUAUGUCCUCUCACUAAUGUGGAAUGGACAGCACAUACCUAACAGUCCUUAUAAGGUCACUAUCAGAGAAGCACAAGCUAUGAGCGCCAAAAGUUGUUUUGUUGAAGGUAAGGAAUUUUCUGCAUGAUUAAUGCUUUAUAUUUCAGAAUUUUAGAAGCUAAUAAGAUGCUAUCUCAAUCCGUUAAGAAAGUCAAAUGACUGUGGCACAACUACAGGUGCACGCAAAUGAAAACACGUUUUUAAACCAGUUUAACUUGUUUGACCUUUAGGGAGCAUGCUCAAGGAGGGCACAGGAGCCACAGUGGGCCAAGCCAUGGGGUUCAGCAUCAACAGCAAAGAUGCAGGCCCGGGGCAAUUGUAUGUUCGCUGUCAAGGACCCACAAAAGACUGUGAUUGCACAGUGUUCGACAACAAGGAUUCUACUUAUCAAGUACAAAUCUUCCCUUCCGAAGUUGGGAAUCAUCUCGUGUAUGUGGAGUGGGGAGGAAGACCUGUACAUGGAAGUCCCUUUUUGGUACGCGUGGGACAGCCCCCUGAUCCCAGUAAAGUUCGUGUGUACGGUAUGUCAACUCAUGUAAUUUUCACGUUCUGUUCGCCCCCUAAGAUACACUUUGGAGUUUUACAUUGAAUUUUCUGAAGAAUGAUUUAAUAUCUGCGAUUUUCUCGAUAGGUCCUGGUUUGGAGAACGGAUUGCUACGAAAUUUCAAGGGGGAAUUCCUGGUAGAAACUAAAGGUGCUGGUCCGGGAACACUUAAGAUCAGAAUCCAUGGACCCAGAGGGGCCUUCAAAGUGGAGAUGUACCGGGACACAUCAAAGGAGCGUUCUAUUGGAGUGCGAUACAACCCCACAGAGGCGGGACGGUACAUUAUUAACAUCAAAUGGGCCGAUCAGCAUAUACCCGGAAGUCCUUUUGAUGUCACGAUAGUUGAAACAAGAGACGAACUUGAAUCGCUUAAUGAAUUGAAGGACAAUGCAGUUCUAUUUCAACAAAGGGAUGCUAGAUUAUAGGAGACUGGUAGCUAGUAAUUUUUAAACCUGUACCCAACCUUUUCUCGGUCAGUCAUUCCCAAGAUGGCGACCGUAAGGCUGAAAACUCCGCAUUUUGAAUCAUCUCGAUCUAUCAAUCUGACCUAUAACUGCUAAAUUUUUUUGUUAUUUUAGUCGGUGCUAGGUGGUCGAUCUAUGGAGACAGUGUAAGUCUGGGAGGGAAAAAUGGCGUGCUUUCACAGACUUCAUGGCUUUCUCUCGCACGUUGUUUUCGAUUCCACCGACUGAGAGUCUGGCAUAUGCUGUUUUCUUUUUCAAUUAUUGCAGUUGUCACAUAUCGGUGUUAGCAGUUAUUGAUUUGAAAACUUAGAGCAGGGGGGAGGGGAGGGUAGUUGGAGAGGCUGAGUAAAAAAUGCGGUCUUUUUGUCGGUGAAUAUUCAAAAUUAUUAUCCAACUGCACAAAGUAGAAUACAAAUAACGCGCGAACAGAUUGCAAAUAUCCUGCGAUAUUGUACGGUUAUUUGGACAGUAGGUUAUUUUGCACUGUAAAAAAACCUGUUUAACCAGUCGGCUGCGCGCGCUACGCUUCUCUAUCCGCUUUGCUUUUCCCGUGUGAUGAGAAAUGAUCAGAAGAACUUAGCAGAAAAAAAAGCAGUUGGUUAAUAAAUAGUUUCUUAGACGUUUUGGUUUCGUAGUAUCGCUGAGUAUUUUUAAAAGUUGUGCCACAUGGGCGAGUAAAAUUCCAAACAACUAGUAAAAAUAAUCGGCGAUACUACACAUCAAAACGUCUCAUAACAUAUAUGUAUUUAUGGAUACAUAGCCUGCUUUCGUGAGUGUCGAGGUUAAUGCCUGUUUUCUAAGCAAUUCCGCUGAGUAUGCGGUAUGAACCUUUGUAUUACGUCGUACUCACUGACCUUGCCAUUGGCGGGCUGAAGACAACAUCAUUUUGAUUGACAGAAUUUUUGAUUGAUAUGGUAUACCUGGGUUACCUAAAGGCACUGGGCGUGUUACAGUUACCCAUAGUGAAUGUUUGGAGGAGCACGACAUUUUUUUAAAUUCUCGGAAUUGGUAUUGGAAUAUCAUACACACAACUACUGUAUUUACUCUCAACUUAUGAAAAAAUACUUAAUCGUACCUGCACAGACUAAAAUGGGCACGAAUAAAAACAGAUCUUAGAUCUGAAGGGGUGUAUUUUGAUGUUCGUCAGCCAAAUUUAAAUAGUCCUAUUUAAGGUAACCAUUCGAUAUUUAUAUGGUACUUUAGUUAGAUUUAAUCUACUGGUUUAAAAUAGAUAUGCUGAUAUGGUUUUAGUUCAAUAGAAGUGAACAUGUGUGCGUAAUAUCAAGGUUAAUCAAACUUAAUUUACCAAUGUGUAUUGCACUUAACUACAUACUGUGCAACCAAAAAUAUUCGUUAAUUUUGUAGGUUGUUUUAAUUGUUUUAAUUGUUUCAUCUAUCUUAAACAACCAGGAUUGAGUAUUUACAUAUUUUAGAACUUUUGGAAGAGUUUACCUCGAUUAUGUGUUGACUGGCUUGAAAAGCACAAUUCUCACUGUAUUUAAACCUAAUACUAAAAGUUUCCUUGCAAAGGUGGAGGAAAAAAGAAAAAAAAAACAAACAAAAAUAUCAAGUUAGAGACGUGGAAGGAAUCUAGGUGAUCCAGGGUAAGAUUAAUAUUUUCAAAAGGUAGUGUGUAUUUUAUUUUUAGUCAGGGCAUGGUGUGAGCUUGCAGCGAUUGGAAACAGCAUCGAAUCUUUUACUAACGUUGUAGGGGUUGAGCUGCAGCAGAGUGGAGUGAACUUCUCAUAAUGAUAGCCGAUGAAUCGAGUAGAAUUCCAGCAGAUGGCUGUCUUUUUCUACAUCGAUACAUUUAAAGGUUUUUAGCUAGAUUUUUUCCUGAUGUGUAAAUAAAAGUCUAUUUUGGCCAG